AUGGUUUCAAACAAUGCUGUUCCGAUGAAGUUAGAAAGUUCUGACAGAAGAUAUGUAGUUGUCAGAACGUCAGAUUCUCAUAUGCAAGAUACAGAAUAUUUUGACGACUUAGCAGAAACUUUGACAUCUGACUUUUACAACCACUUGUUCUCAUAUUUUAUGACAUUAGAUAUUUCAAAGUUCAAUCCAAGACAAAUUCCACAUACCGAAGAGAGACAAACAUUGUUAGAAGCAAACAAGAGUGUAUAUGAACUGUUCAUAGAUGAAACUGACUUUGAGUGUUUAGAUGAAAGGUCAUUGUACGAUUCGUAUAAACAAUAUUGUCAAGAAUAUGGUUAUAUGACAGCGUCUAAACGAACAUUCUUGGCAAAUGUCAAAAGUCUUUUAGACGUACAGAAUGGUGUAUAUACAAAGAAAAAUUUUUAUGAGUAA